AAGGGGAAAAGUAGAUCGAGAUGUGUAAAUAGUGAAAAGGUUGGGGUUGAAAAUGUGAAGCUGAAGACGAAAGACGAUGAAAGAAACGGAGUUUGCUCAUCCUUUCACAGUUCCACUCUCCUGCUCAGGACUCAUCACUGCUCCAAUCCAACAAAUUUCAAUACACACACCUUCUGUCCAAACUGAAAUUCAAAGGAAAUUAUAGAUUUCUAUUUUUUGAAAAAAUAAAUAAUCACAGACCAGCUUGAAGAGGAGAAGAGAAAACUGCUCCCUCUAAGUUUGUGUAAUGCAGGCAGUUUUUGGUUCUACUAAAAUUGGGACAAGUAUGAAGAGCAUGCUAUAGCCUUCCUGGAGCAAAGGUUUCAUAUGCUACACGUAUGGAUGUUGAGGUGGUAGAUGUUGAAGGGAAUAAAGGAGACGAUCAUAUGAUGGUAAAUGCUGAUUCCAAUAAGUCUGAGAAACUUAAUGUAACUGAAGAUUCUUCAGAAGUAAUGGUUGGAAAUCAGGAUGAUGAUGGAAGUGCUUUACCACGUGUGGGUAUGGAGUUUGAAUCAGAGGAUGUUGCCAAGGCAUUCUAUGAUGCAUAUGCCAGGCGUAUGGGAUUUAGCUCUCAUGUUGGUCAAUUUAAUCGCGCUAAGCCUGAUGGGCCGAUUGUAACUUGGGAUUUUGCAUGUUCCCGAGAGGUGCUUAAAAGAAGGAAUUUUGAGUGCUGCAAUGCCAUGCUUAGGAUAGAGAGAAAGAAUUCAGACACUUGGGUUGUGACAAAAUUUGUAGAGGACCAUAACCAUUCUAUGGUGAUUCCUAGUAAGGUUCAUUACCUUCGACCUCGUAGGCAUUUUGCUGGUGCUACAAAGAAUGUGACUGAAACACUAGAUGCCACUAGUGAUGUUUAUGUUUCUAUUGAGGGGAAUCAUGUAUCUAAUGAACAAAAUCGUGUUAGGAAUGUAUCCCUUGGAGAACCUAAUCACCCAGUUAGGAAUGUUGUGCAUGCACCUAUGAAUUAUGUGAGUCCUCCUAGCAGAAAAAGGAACCUUGGAAGAGAUGCACAAAAUCUUUUGAACUAUUUCCAGAAAAUGCAGGCUGAGAACCCUGGCUUCUAUUAUGCAAUACAACUAGAUGAUGAUAAUCGCAUGACUAAUGUCUUCUGGACUGAUGCAAGAUCAAGGAUGGCUUAUAGUCACUUUGGCGAUGCUGUUGUUUUUGACACAAUGUAUAGACCAAAUCAAUAUCAGGUCCCAUUUGCUCCUUUCACAGGUGUUAAUCAUCAUGGUCAGAUGGUAUUAUUCGGCUGUGCAUUGCUUCUAGAUGAGUCUGAGUCUUCCUUUACUUGGCUAUUUAGGACAUGGCUAUCUGCAAUGAAUGACCGACCUCCUGUUUCUCUUACCACUGACCAAGAUAGAGCCAUACAAAUGGCAGUUGCUCAGGUGCUUCCAGAUACUCGCCAUUGUAUCUGCAAGUGGCACAUCUUGAGGGAAGGCCAAGAAAGGUUGUCUCACAUAUACCUUUCUCAUCCAUCCUUUUAUGGAGAGCUGUAUAGCUGCAUUAAUUUUUCUGAGACAAUUGAGGAUUUUGAAUCGUCAUGGGGCAGUCUUUUGGAUAAAUAUGAUCUCCAGAAAAAUGAGUGGCUUCAGGCUGUGUAUAAUGCUCGCAAACAGUGGGCACCAGUUUAUUUUCGUGGCACUUUCUUUGCUGCACUUUCUUCAAACCAAGGGGUCAGCUCUUUUUUUGAUGGGUAUGUAAAUCAACAAACCACAAUACCUCUGUUUUUUAAGCAGUAUGAAAGAGCUCUUGAGCAUUCUCUAGAAAAAGAAAUAGAAGCAGAUUAUGAUACAAUUUGCACCACUCCAGUGCUUAAGACGCCAUCACCAAUGGAACAACAGGCAGCAAACCUCUAUACCAAGAAAGUGUUUGCAAAGUUUCAGGAAGAACUAGUUGAAACUUUUGUAUAUACAGCAAAUAACAUAGAGGGUGAUGGGGUUGUGAGUAAAUAUAGGGUUGCAAAAUAUGAACAUGAUGACAAGGCAUACAUAGUGACAUUGAACAUUUCUGAGAUGAAGGCAAGUUGCAGUUGCCAGAUGUUUGAAUACUGUGGCAUUCUCUGUCGGCAUAUAUUAACUGUAUUCACUGUAACCAAUGUUCUUACCCUUCCAUCCCACUACAUAUUGAAAAGAUGGAAAAGGAGUGCCAAUUCUUGGGUUGGGUUAGAGGAACGAAGUGCAGAUCUCCAAGCUAUUGAAACCCUGACCUCACGCUUUAACAAUCUAUGUAUGGAAGCUAUUAAAUAUGCAGAAGAAGGGUCAAUUGCUGUUGAGACCUAUAAUUUGGCAAUCAGUGCUUUAAGAGAGGGUGUGAAAAAGAUUGCUGCUAUGAAGAAAAAUGUUGCUAAUGUUGCAUCUCCUAGCUCUCAGGGCAGUGGUAACAGUCUGGAAGAAACUAACAAGAAAAUCCCCUUUUCAGUUCCUGAAAUGGUUCCAUCAAUGUGGCACUGGCAGGAUGCUAUGCCACAUCAGUUUAAUCUUAAUGAUGUGGGAGUACCUGUUACUGAUUUGAACCAGCCCAGCAUGGCUCCUGUGUCUAUCCACCGUGAUGGUGGUCUUCCUGAUAACACGGUGGUUCUUACUUAUUUUAAGUCCAUGACUUGGGUAAUAGAGAAUAAGACUUCAACGCCAGCUGGAAAAGUAGCUGUCAUCAACUUGAAGCUGCAAGAUUAUGGCAAGAAUCCAUCAGGGGAAACAGAGGUGCAGUUUAGGCUAACAAGGGUCACACUGGAACCUAUGUUGAGAUCCAUGGCUCACAUAAGUCAGCAGCUUUCAACACCAGUCAAUCGAGUUGCUGUCAUUAAUCUGAAGCUCCAAGAUACCAAAAUAACAACUGGAGAAACAGAGGUGAAAUUCCAGGUUUCUAGAGAUACACUGGCUUCCAUGUUGAGAUCAAUGGCAUAUAUCCGUGAGCAAUUAUGACACCAGUUUUGCUGAGCACUUCAUUCUAAUGAUGAAUCAUGUAAGCAAAGGGUAUAGUGAGUGAGAAUUUCUUUUGGCAAGGUGAGCUUAAAUCGGCUUCACAAAGCUGGCAGCAUUAGAGGCACCAAGGGCGUAAUCCUUUCAGUUGAUACACCAUUGUGUAUUAUACAAAUGUUACGUUGACAUAGUUUGGAUGUAGAUGUAGUUAGGUAUGGGAUUUCUAUUUUAUUGAGCGAACUUGGUUUAGCUGAGUCUAUUCUUAUCUCUAACUUCUAGAUAGUGCAAGAUUCGCUUUACCUAUGUGCUGGAAAAUCUAUUUGUACAUGUAAGUUUCCAACACAUAUUUACUGAUUGAGCAUUGCAUAUAUGUUGUAUUUAAACUUGGAACAUAGUGCCUCUUUCUAUGUUUUGAA